AUGCGAACAAGAUUUUCUUCUUUAUCAUUCCAUAAUGAGAAAAAAAUUACUAAUAAAUAUUGUCAUGCUUGUUUAAAUUAUGUAGAAGAACGAUCACAUCAUUGUUACAUAUGUCAACAAUGUAUACCAAUACAAGAUCAUCAUUGUUUUUUUCUUGGUACUUGUAUUGGUAGACAUAAUCAAAAAUAUUUUCUUUUAAUGCUUUUUCAUCUUUUAUGUGCACAUUUUAUUGGUUAUGCAUUUGUUUGUAAUUUUUUAUGGAAUGAAAUGGGAGGAUAUCAUUUUGUAACGAUUUUUAAAAUUUUAUUUUUUAAUAUUGGUUAUGUUCUUGGAUUUGUUGAAACAAAAUGGCAAGCAUUCAUUGGUGUUCAUCAUUAUCUUGUUUAUUUUGAUAUUGUAUUUAUAAGUAGAUUAUUUUAUCAAAUGAUCAAACGAUCAUUGAAUGGACAAACACAUAAAAUGGCAACGAAUGGGCAUACACCAUUGACGAAACAAGAUUCGAAAUCAACAGCUGUUGUUGAAGUUAAUACACUUAGUGAAGAUAAUCAACUUAAUCCUGCUGAUCAUGAUGGUGUAACAUCCGAUUAUUCGAUUCAUGUUGAUAGUAAAAAUACAACAUAUACAAAUGAAUUUAUUGAAAGUAAAUAUAUAUAUGAUAUGAAUCAUUGUGAAGUUGAUCAAAGUACAAAACGUGUGGAAAUUAUUCCAAGAAAAUAUCAAUAUAUAUUUCGUACAAAACGUCAAGUACAACGUACAGGUGUAAUGCUUGUUGGUUGGGGUGGAAAUAAUGGUUCAACAUUUACGGGUGCAACUAUUGCUAAUCGAGAUAAUAUAACAUGGAUGCGUAAAGAGGGUGAACAAUUUCCAAAUUAUUAUGGUUCAUUAACUCAGUCGACAACCAUUCGUAUUGGAAGUAAUAAUGAAGGUAAAGAAGUUCAUAUUCCAUUUAAUACAAUUUUACCAAUGUUACAUCCAAAUGAUAUUAUUAUUGGUGGAUGGGAUAUAAAUGAUGCGAAUUUAUAUGAAUCAAUGAAACGUGCUUGUGUAUUUGAUUAUUCAUUACAAGAAAAAUUAAAAACAAAAAUGACUGAAUUCAAACCAUUGCCAUCAAUUUAUUAUCCAGAUUUUAUUGCAGCAAAUCAAGAAGAUCGUGCUAAUAAUUUAAUUCCAAAAGGAACAAAACAACAAGAUUUGGAACAUAUACGUAAUGAUAUACGAAAUUUUAAAAAAGCUCAUAAUUUAGAAAAAGUUAUUGUUUUAUGGACAGCAAAUACUGAGCGUUAUACUGAUGUUCGUAAAGGUUUAAAUCUAACAGGUGAUGAAAUUCUUCAAUCAAUUGCAGCCAAUGAUGAUGAAAUAAGUCCAUCAAAUAUAUUUGCUUGUGCUGCUAUUUUAGAAGAUUGUCCAUAUAUAAAUGGUAGUCCACAAAAUACAUUAGUGCCAGGUUUAAUUGAACUUGCUGAAAAACAUCAAGUUUUUAUUGGUGGUGAUGAUUUUAAAAGUGGACAAACAAAACUUAAAUCAGUUCUUGCUGAUUUUCUUGUUUCAGCUGGUUUAAAACUUCAAUCCAUUGUUUCAUAUAAUCAUUUGGGUAAUAAUGAUGGAAAAAAUUUAAGUGCACCACAACAAUUUCGUUCAAAAGAAAUUAGUAAAUCAAAUGUUGUUGAUGAUAUGGUUGGUGCCAAUCAUUUAUUAUAUAAUAAAAAAAGAAAUGAACAUCCUGAUCAUGUUGUUGUCAUUAAAUAUGUUCCAUUUGUUAAAGAUUCUAAACGAGCUAUGGAUGAAUAUAUAUCAUCAAUAUUUAUGAAUGGUCUUAGUACAAUAGCUAUUCAUAAUACAUGUGAAGAUUCACUUUUAGCUUCACCAUUAAUUAUUGAUCUUGUUAUAUUAACAGAAUUAAUGACACGUAUUACAUAUAAAACAAAUGAUAAAGAAGAAUAUCAAUCAUUCGAACCCGUUUUAGCAAUAUUAUCUUAUCUUCUUAAAGCUCCUUUGGUUCCACCAGGUACACCAGUUAUAAAUGCACUUUUUAAACAACAUCGUUGUAUAACAAAUAUUUUAUCAGCAUGUGCAGGUAUUGCUAUGGAUACAGAUAUGUUAUUAGAACAUAAAACAAAUUUACCAAAGCCAAUGAAAAUUCAAAUUUAA